AUGAGUCCCGCCAGAUUCAGCAAAUUGCUGGAUGUGACAGCCGCAAUCAUCACCCUGCUAUUUGGUUUUAUUUCGUUUCUCAUCAAUUAUGAGCGGACAACAACCAGGAAAUCUUCGGUGCUACAGAAGACGGCUCUUCGAGUUGUUCCUGUGCUGCUUAGCUCGGCGUCUUACAUCGCCGAGGCGAUCAUCGUCUCGCUACGGCGCCAUAAACCUAGCCAGUUCCAAGAUCAUCUAUUCGCCACGGUUAUUUUCGCCUUAGCAUGGGCUUCAACCUGCUUGCGCAAAGAGCUCCUCAUUUCGGAGGUCUGUGGUCUUGCCUCGAUUUCGCUGCUAUUCGGCAUCCCGGGCCUGGUCCUGGACGCAACGUACCCAGCAGUGACCUCUUUGCACGAGGGAUUGUUGGCCAUCGAGUUUAUCCGACAGCUUCUUGUUGUUUGUUUGCUGAUCGACUGCCUCAUUCGCUCCCUUUCACACAAGAAGAGGCUGAAGCAUGAAGAAGAAGAAGAGGAGCAGGAAGCGAGGCCUUUUCUCAACCGCUCGAAUGAGCAGGCCAACCAAAUCUCGUACGGCACCGAGCCCCUAUCACCUCGGCCCUCUAGUACUAGCGAUUCUUCCAGUGACGACGGGGAUUCUGACGACGGGGAUUCCGACGACGGGGAUUCCGACUACGAAGAAAAUGAGAACUCUCAGACCGGCCAGCUUCGCAGGAGCGGGAGCUGGAUGCUUUAUAUCCACAACUUCCAUGUGUUCCUGCCGUAUCUGGUUCCCCGAAGGGACCUCAAAGUGCAAGUCUGUCUCCUAGGGUGCGUGUUGUGCCUGAUUGCCGACCGCUUUCUCAACAUCCUGGUUCCUCGCCAGCUCGGCAUCGUGGCCGACAAGCUCUUCGAAAGACAGCAACCGUUUUCUGACCUGGCAAUUUACUUCGCCCUCGAUCUGUUUCAUAGCGAUUCGGGCCUGGAUAUGAUCGAGUCGCUAGCCAAGAUCCCCAUCCAGCAGUUCUCGUACCGCCAGCUCACGAAUGCAGCCUUCAACCACGUCAUGGGAUUGGCGAUGGACUUCCACUCCGACAGAGACUCCGCUGAGGUGAUGAAGGCCAUCGAACAGGGCGAAGCACUAACAAAUCUCCUGGAGAGCGCUGUGUUGGACAUUGCCCCCACACUCAUCGACAUGGUUGUUGCAAUCGUCUAUCUCUAUAUCAAGUUCAGUUCGUCCGCUGCACUUUGCAUGUUGCUUGCAUCGCUGGCGUUCAUGGUUCUCGAAGUCGUCACCUCCAGCUGGAAUGUGGAAAACCGGCGGCGACUCACCAAGGCCGAACGAGCUGAGGCGCGGGUGAUGCACCAGGCCAUCCAGGGGUGGCAGACGGUUUCUGCCUUCAACAUGUUCUCGUAUGAGAAGUUUCGUUUUGGGGGUGCUGUCGACAAGCAUCUUGUGGCAAAGAAGGAUUGGUCGCAGAGGGAUGCGUAUGCGAGUGGCUUGACGGAGGCGCUCGUUCCGAUGACGUUUUUCGCCCUGGCUUGCCUCGUCGCUCGUGAGGUCUAUGAGGGCCGUGCCUCUCCGGGAGAUUUUGUCUUUCUGACCCAGUAUUGGGACUACAUUGUCUUGCCGAUCAAGUAUCUAUCGCACGAAUACCGCUACCUCAUGGCCCAGCUCAUCGAUGCGGAACAGUUGCUUGACUUGUUUACGACACAGCCUACCGUCGCAGAUAAGGAUGGCGCCUUGGAACUGGGUCGCAUCAAAGGGCUAGUCGAGUUUGAGCACGUUGGCUUCUCGUACCUUGCCCAGAAAACUGCCAUCCAAGAUAUCAAUAUUUCUGCAUUACCAGGCGAGACCAUUGCGCUAGUUGGUGUGACUGGGGCGGGUAAGACAUCGCUCAUGAAGCUGCUGCUCCGGUAUUACGAUGUGACCUCCGGGAGCAUCAAGAUUGACGGCUAUGAUGUUCGUGAUGUCACCCAGGGCUCCCUGCGAAACAUCAUCGGCGUGGUUACACAGGACCCGAUACUGUUCAAUGCAUCUAUUAUAGAGAACCUGCGCUACGCGAAACUCUCUGCUUCCGAUGAAGAGAUCUACGAUGCCUGCCGAGCUGCCGCCAUCCACGACAAGAUUAUGUCUUUCCCUAAGAGCUACCACACCAAGGUUGGUGAACGAGGCGUCAAAUUAUCUGGCGGAGAGGUUCAGCGAUUGGCGAUUGCAAGAGUUUUUCUAAAAGACUCCCCCAUCCUCAUUUUGGACGAGGCAACCAGUUCCGUCGAUACGGAGACCGAGUCAGAGAUUCAAGGUGCGCUGAAGCGGCUAAGCAGGAAGCGGACUACUUUUGUGAUUGCCCACCGGCUAUCAACUGUUGUGCGCGCGGACCAGAUUCUCGUCUUAGACGAUGGCAUGAUCGUUGAGAGAGGAACACAUGCGGAGCUGUUGGAGAAACGGGAUCGGUACUAUGGGCUUUGGCAGAAGCAGUUUCUGGGGUCGGAGGAAGCGCCGUUGGUAGAGCUAUAA